AUGGCGUUCCCUGAUUUUGAUCGAAUAGAAGAGGUACCCGAAGAAGAGAAAUCCGAAGAAGCCAAUGGACAAAGCAAAGGUGAUUCAUCUGAAUCUGAGGGUCUUCCAAGUGAGAGUGGAAGUAGCGAGGAAACAGCUAGCCGAGAAAAAUCACCAAAGAGCGAAACAAGCAAUGAGGACGAAGGAACACGUAGCCCACUAGGGCCACCAGCCCCACCAGGAGAGCCAGGGCCAGCACCACCAGUACCACCUAAGCCAUCUAUACCAGCGGGAAACAAGUCAAAGGCGAAAAAAGUUUUGAAGAAAAGUGCAAAGGCCAGGAACAACAAGAAGAAAACUAAGGAUUUGCCCGUUGGUUUCAUGUUCACUACGAUACUGUCUUCCUUCAAUAAUGCCGAUAAGUUCAAAAUGGAAAUAAACGUUUCGAGCAGAUCUUCCUUCCUUGCAUGUGUACAGUUUUCGAAAAGCAUAGGAGCUGAUGUUCUCUCUACGAGGGGCUUGUCUGUACUAUAUUCCAAAGAUAACGAUCAAAGCGUGAUGGCGGUUACCAUAGCUGUGAGAGUUGUUAGAUACUAUCAUUCUCCCACGCUUGAGAAGGUUAUUACAACGCGAGACGGCGAAGCGCAAACAGAGCGAGUUGAAAUGAGGACGGUGCAAACUCAGGUUCAACCGUCUUGCACCAAUGCUGGAUCGAAUACAGAGCUCCACCUGCUAUCUGAGAACGAGCUCGAAAGUACUGUAGCCAGUGUGGUAGCGCAGCAUCUCGAAGAUAUGAAAACAUCAGAAUCCAAGAAGAAAGAACAACGAAAUGCUGAGAAGAACGUCAACACCAGACCUAUUCAAGUGCCUAUGCAGAAAGCAGAAGAUCUGGACCUAGGAAAAAAUGUGGUUCCUCGAUUACAGAAGUUACGGGUUCUGGACAAAAUGAUUGGUGAAAGAGCAGCUGUAGUAGAACAAUUUGACGAGAGCCUAGUAAAGAUGGAAAUAGCGAAAAAACGCGAGUUCAUUCGCAAGUCCAGGAAUGCGCUGGCAGAUUUGAAAGCACAACGAGAAGCUUCAAAAUCGGCUGAAAUGCUCGAAGCUAUACUUAGGCGUAGAACGCCACAAAGACCGAAAAGCCGCGACGCAGCGACGCAGUCUGAACGACCGCCUUCGUCAGAAGAGCAGUCGCAAAGCUCAUCUAGCAGAACUUCGUCUACGAGCACUUCUACUUCCGAUGCGUCUAUGGAUGAGGAAGGACAGGCAACCGAGUCGAGCUCAACUGCUAGUACAAGAAGCAGUUCUUCGUCGAAGGAAACGAUAUUGAGAAAGAAUUCUAAUUCCACGACGUCCUCGAGCACACAGCCUACCGUCAGAAACCAAGAACAAGCGGACGAUGCGGUUAGGCAACAACGGAAUCAAGCGCCUGCAGAAGCACCUCCUCUCUCACCAACAUCGCUUUAUUUGAAACAACUGCGAGAAAAGAUAUUGCAAGAAAGGAUGCAGAAAGUUUGA